UUUCUCCCCGUAGGGUUUUGCUCGGAGGGGCGGAGAUGAAGGUGGACGCCGCUGCGGAGUCGCCGACGUCGGUGCUCGGGGAAGACGGCAAUUGCACGGAGGAAUUGAUCCCUAAGCUGGAGGAUGAGAUACUUUUAACUGCGAAGAAUGGAGAUUCUUCUCUUAUUUCGAAAGCCAUGACUGAGGAGGAAGUAAAGUUGCUGGACGCACGUGUGAAAGAAGAAGAUGUAGAACAAGAAAAUAAUUCCGAAGAGCCACCGGAACUGGAUGACAACCAGUUUACUAAACUUGAUGAGCUUCUAACACAAACCCAGCUAUACACUGAGUUUUUGCUGGAGAAAAUGGAUGAUAUCACAUUUAAUGAAGUGGACCAAGUGAAUGAGAGCACUGAAAAAAAGAAAGGACGCGGUCGGAAAAGAAAAGCGGAAUACAAUCAAAGAAAGGCCAAGAGGGCGGUUGCUGCGAUGUUGACAAGAUCAAAAGAGGGUCCAAAUGAAGAAGAUGUGAAUCUGACAGAGGGAGAAAUAUUUGAAAAAGAGCAGCAAAAACUUGUACCCUUGUUGACUGGUGGAAAGUUGAAGCCUUAUCAAGUCAAAGGUGUGAAGUGGUUAAUCUCAUUAUGGCAAAACGGAUUGAAUGGAAUCCUGGCAGAUCAAAUGGGACUUGGGAAGACUAUCCAGACCAUCGGUUUCCUUGCACAUUUAAAAGGGAAGGGGUUGGAUGGACCAUAUUUAGUAAUUGCUCCUCUCUCUACUUUGUCCAACUGGGUCAAUGAGGUUCAGAGGUUUGUUCCCUCUAUUAAUGCGAUCAUAUACCAUGGUGACAAGAAACAAAGGGAUGAGUUGCGGCGCAAGUAUAUGCCUCGAGCAGUUGGACCCAGUUUCCCGAUUAUUGUCACUUCCUAUGAGGUUGCGAUGAAUGAUGCAAAAAGAUAUUUGAGACACUACAGUUGGAAAUACAUUGUUGUGGAUGAGGGGCAUCGGUUGAAAAACUCGCAGUGCAAGCUGCUGAAGCAGUUGAAGUUCUUGAGUGCUGAAAAUAAACUCUUAUUAACUGGGACGCCUUUGCAGAACAAUUUGGCCGAGCUAUGGUCAUUACUCAACUUUAUUCUACCUGAUAUCUUCUCGUCCCAUGAAGAAUUUGAAUCCUGGUUUGAUCUGUCAGGAAAGUAUAGCAAUGCAGCAACGAAGGAAGAAUUAGAAGACAAAAGAAGGGCUCAAGUGGUGGCAAAACUCCAUUCUAUAUUGCGUCCAUUUCUUCUCCGAAGAAUGAAAGCUGAUGUUGAGCAGAUGCUUCCUCGUAAAAAGGAGAUUAUCUUAUAUGCCACUAUGACCGAGCAUCAAAGGAACUUUCAGGAUCAUUUGAUAAAUAGGACUUUGGAGAAUCACUUGCUGGAGACCGUUGACAUUGGACGUGGAAUGAAGGGAAAACUUAAUAAUUUGAUGAUCCAGCUUCGCAAGAACUGCAACCAUCCCGAUCUUUUAGAGUCAGCUUUUAAUGGAUCAUGUAUCUAUCCUCCUGUCGAGCAGAUUGUUGAACAGUGCGGCAAAUUUCGUUUGCUAGAUAAAUUGUUGGGAAAGCUAUUUGAACGCAAGCAUAAAGUUCUGAUCUUCACUCAGUGGACAAAAGUUCUCGAUAUAAUGGAUUACUAUUUCAGUGAAAAAGGAUAUGAAGUCUGUCGAAUAGAUGGAAGUGUCAAGUUAGAUGAGAGGAAAAGACAGAUUCAGGAUUUUAAUGAUGUGAAUAGCGUCUACAGAAUAUUUCUUCUCAGCACUAGGGCCGGUGGACUGGGCAUAAACCUCACUUCCGCUGACACUUGCAUUCUAUAUGAUAGCGACUGGAACCCUCAAAUGGACCUGCAGGCUAUGGACAGAUGUCACAGAAUAGGCCAAACCAAGCCUGUUCAUGUUUACAGGCUUGCGACUGCGCAAUCAGUAGAGGGCCGCAUCUUGAAGAGGGCUUUUAGUAAGUUGAAGUUGGAGCACGUGGUCAUUGCAAAAGGACAAUUUCACCAAGAAAGAAACAAGCCUAAUACCUUGGAGGAAGAGGAUCUACUCGCAUUGCUCCGAGAGGAAGAGACCGCUGAAGAUAAGAUGAUACAGACGGAUAUUAGCGAUGAGGAUCUGGAAAGGAUGUUGGACCGCAGUGAUCUGAUUGCUGGUCCGCUUAGUGAUGCUGAGAAAUCUGAUGCUGCUGCAGCAAGUGCUAUGCCUCUCAAAGGACCCGGUUGGGAGGUGGUGAUACCAACUGCAUCUGGAGGCAUGCUUUCAACACUCAACAGCUAAAAGGUACCGAGCGAGACCUCGUCAUAUCUCAAUUAUUCGGCACAUUGGGGAUUUUUUUUUGUUGUGUUUUUUGGGAUAUCAUUAGAAGAUUUAUGAGGCAGUUCUCCCUUUUACUUGGGCCGGAACUCAUCAACUGGAGAAAAAGCAUCCUCAGGGGAAGCUCUCUUUCAUUUUGUGAAUGUCUUUGAUAGACUGUUUUUCAGAAAGGGAGCUGAAUUUUGUAAAUUGCUUAUGGAGGGGUCGCUUUUCCACUGUGCACCAAACCUUUAUAUGAGCUCGAGGUACUUUAUGGUGCGGAAACAUAGUUAUUUUGGGGCUUAUUGUGCCUAACUAUUAA